AAUCGAUCCACUCCGCACCUCGCCCCUACCCGCGAUGUUUGCGAUCACUCCGCCCAUCGGGCGCGCAGAUUAGUCCCCCCCUCUCCUGAUCUCUAUGAUUUUUUUCAUCAAAGAGAUCAGCACUACUUUUUGGGGCCGAUUUGGUAAAGAAUCGAAAAUUUAGACACCGCAGUUUUCGAUUAAAUUGAUCGAUUCCUCACAACAAACGGUAAGGGUAUGGCUAACGAUUCAGCAUCGGUGAAUCGGUGAAUCGUUAGACUUUGCAUUUGAAUUUACGCGAAAGGUGGGAAAAUCGACACCGAGACGAUCCGAUUUAAACUGCGUUCGACUAACGAUAUCGAUCCGCGUCCAUGGAAUGUAAUAGCAAAUUCGGGAAUCGACACCCUUCAGCAGGUAACACCGUAAUAUCGAUUAACAGCGCUCAAUUUCAAUUGGGAAUAGAUUAAUAAGUGUUGUGGAUGGAAUCGAUUCCUCCACGUGUGGCUUGCUCCGCUCCAGCUGCUGGCCCAGGAGCAGAGACAGCAGCACCCUGCAGGCCCCGAUGGCCCAGACGGCCCGGCUCUUCGUGGCCGAGGAGGCGGCCGAGCGAGCUCUGAGCUCGGCCGCCGCCACGGCCCCGGCCGAGGGCCGCACCGGCCUCCUGCUGGGCCUGGCCGGCAACUCGUCCGCCUCCUCCGCCUCGUCGCUGUCAAACCGCGACGUGGUGCUGCUGGCCGUGCCCACCCCGGCCCGCGAUGACGACGAAGAGGAGGAGGAGGAGGAGGAGGAGGACGGGGAGCGUGCGGGCGAGGCGUGGGCGGCGGAGCACGCCCGCCUCGUCCGCCGAAUGCUCCCGGGGGGCAUCGCCAUCCUCGGCGUUUUCCUCGCCUUCCCCAGCGGCGGCGGCGGCGGCGACGGCGACGGCGGCGACACCGAGAAGCGGCAGGCCAAGCUGCGGCGGCUCCUGUUCGGGAUGGAGCGUGCCCUGGCCCGGGGGCGGCCUCCACAGGGAAGAGGAGGAGACGACGACGAUGACGACGACGAUGACGAUGACGGCGAGGCGGACGGGAAGCACCGAGCUGCGCUGCUCGCCGUUGGCCCCAGCGGCCGCCGCUGGUGCAGCUCCUACGACGUCCGCGACGCCCAGGCGCCAGCGUCGCGCGCCGAGUGGAGGCUCCGGCCGAAGCCGCCGCCGCACCAGCAGCAGCAGGGCGCGACGCCGCUCCUCGUCGAGCUGCGCUGCACCCUGCACCUCGAACUGCGCGCGCCGCUCUCCCCGCCCGGCGGUCGCGGUGGCGGAGCGUCGGCCGCCGGGGCCCUGCGCGCCGCGACGCGCCAGCUGGCGGGGCAGCUGCGGCGCGCCGUGUGCCUCGUGGACGGGAGGUUCCUGCGCGACGAUGAGGCCAUCGGCCCUGCGGACGGCGGCGGCGGCGGCGGCGGUGGCCGGCGGCGUCUAAAGCAACAGCAGCAGCGCCCGUGCCCGCCCAUCGCCGUGCGGAUCCUGCUACCGCCCCCCGGGGCCGCCGCCGGGGCCGCCGCCCCCGGUGCGGGGGGGCCGUGCCCCCACGGCCUGCUGCAGAUCGUCGGCUCGGCAAGCUGCCGGGCGCUCGUCAACCCCCAGCGGAGGCCGCUGCUGGCGGGGCCGGCGCUGAGGGCGCUGAAGGCAGACGCCGUGGCCUCGCUGUGGACGCGCUUCGAGCUGCUGCUGGAAGAGGAGGAGCUCGUGGGGGCGGGGCGCGAAGCCGCGGCUGUGGCCACGGCCCUGCCCCGCCGAGUCUUCGUCCCCGUGCCGGGCCUAUGGGGUGCCCGCCUCUGCCACUUUGCCUUCCCCGACGAGACGGCGGCCGACUGCGCCGCAAGGGUCGGCGAGGUCCUGGGCAUGGACCUGGGACUCGCCGGGGCGGAGGAGGUGGAGGAGGCCGAGGAGGUGGUGGCCAUGGUGGUGGAGGAGGAGGAGAAGGCCCCGGGACCCAUUGUCACCGCCGAUGGCGCUGAUGGUGAUGGGAGUGGAGGAGCGUGUGGACCGGAGGCGAUGAGGAGGAGAAGGAGGAAGGAGGAGGAGGAGGAUGGGAGGGGUGGUGUGCGAGGUGAAGUCGGCAUUGCCGGGAGGCUGUGCCGCUCACCGCCCUGGCUGGUGGUGGGCGCCGGAGUGGCCGUGGUGGCCGUGGUGGUGCUGCUGCUGCUCUACGCAGCGGUGGCCGACUGAGUGACGAGGAGGAAGAAUGAAUACACGGCAGCGGCGGCGGCGGUGGUGGUGGCGGUAAUUUGCGCGAAAUAAUGAAGGGGCCGAUGAUGAUGAAUAAAUAAAUAAUAAUGCUGAAGCGA